AUGGUGCUGUGUGCGUUCCUGCCAAACCCAGCAGACCACUCGCUCUUCCUCGCUGUCGUGCGCUCGUGGCCGCCCGCCAUCCUGCCGCUGCCCUCCCUCAUCGCCCGCGCUCAAGCCCGACACGCCGCUCUCGCUGCUCACGCUCGCCCCUCCGCACCGCUGCUCGAGGCCUUGGCAGAGCUAUCCAUGAAGAGCAACAACAUACCGGAGACUCUGCGCUUCUACCUCCUCACGGCGUUGGCAGAGGCCAAUCCAUGCACAGCGAGGAGGGUGGAUGCUGCAUAUGACCUCAUAAGGACCCAUGCCUCGCUGCUCAUGCCCUGCCUAAAAACUCAGCUGCCGCUUCUCCUGGCAGUGGAUCCAUCCAGGUGCAUUGCAUUUGUGUCAGCCCGGGUGCGCCUCUUCCCUCCUUCCCGCGUCGUCCACUGCAUCGCCUGCCUGGACCCCCUCCGCUGCCCUCCUCCCUCAACCGCCUCCCUCUCUACUGCUACACUAUCUCCUUUUCCUCCCCGCCAUUCUGCUCCUUCUCCUCCUCCUGCUGCUGCUGCUGCUGCCACGGCGCUGCAAUCGGGUUUGAACUCACCAACUAAUGCCAACAGUGCCGCUGUAUAUGUUCCCACGGUUUGUGAUGCUACUACUACUAGUGCUGUUCACCAACAAGGCAUCCUAGCAAGCUCACACAGGGAGACUCCCGGGAACAGACCACAAAAGCCACAGCUACGACUACAGCUCCAGUCACACGAGGGAGGGGAGGAGAUGGCGGAGGAGGGAUGGGAGGGAGCAACUGGGAAGGAAGGUGGGCAAGGGAAAGAGGGAGAGGAGAGCGAGGAGGGAGAGGAGGGGAGAGAGGCAGAGGAAGACGAGGGGGGAGAGGAGGGGGAGGGGGAGGAGUUGGAGGGAGCGGUGGUGCGUGGCAUGGGGGAGGUGCGGGUGCGGCACCUCAUGUUCCGGUACCUGCACACAGUGUUCGUGGCAAAUGCCGUUGUGGGCAGACGAUGGCACACCUUGCAGGUUCACCUGUACGCGGAGUUUCAGCCGUCGUUCCUUCUCUCCUUCCUGCGCCGCAGCUCAUUCUACUCCCUUGACGCUGCAUACAGGGCGUGUCAGCAGCGGGGUCUACAGCACGCCAUGGUGCUGCUACAGCAGCGCAUGGGCAACCACCACGCUGCUCUCUCCCUCUGCCUGCACGCCCUGGGCGACGUUGACAAGGCACUCCAAGUGAUAGCAACCAGUGGAGAUGACUCUUUGUGCGCCUCCAUCACCCACCAAGCUGCCUCCAACCCCCGCAUUCUGCAUGCCCUCCUGGACCGCUGUCUACCCAGCAUCAGCCCUGUGCACCUAGUGCGCAUGCUGCGCCCGCACCACCCCGUUCCUCGGCUAAAGCAGCGGCUCAUCCCUCUGCUCCGGUCGGCCUCAUGCCAAGUGGAUAUUGAGAGACAGUCACACCAACUCGUUCUUUCCGGCUGGUUCAAGCUCUUCUCCUCGUUCCAUAAAGAGGCGUGCAGAGCGGUGCGGGUAGGUUCCUCCGCGUGGCAGUUCAGCCUGUCCGUCCCCCCUGCCGCCUUCGCCACCCCUGCCUUCCUCCUCGCCUCUCCGACCCUCUCCUUCGUGCCGCCUCCCUGGCUGCCUCCCACUCCCUCCGCUGCCUCCGCUGCUGCUGCUGCUGCUGCUGCUGCUGCUGGGUUGAUAUUUUCAGAGAGAGGCGGGCGGACUGUGGUCUUCUUUUGUCGCCACUCCUACCAUCGCUCAUGCCUCCUCCAUUCCGUCGCCGCCGCUGCUGCCGCUGCCGCUGCUGCUGCUGGUGCUGCUGCUGGUGCUUCAGAAGGAAUAAGCGGUCCCACUGCAGGUUCACCUUGGGCCUUUUCCUCCCCUGCUGCUAGUAGGACCUCUAACAGCCACCUCCCUACUCAUUUCCUUCCCUUGUUGCCACCUGCUCAACGUCCUUCCUCAUCCCUUCUUCUAGCCCACUCCUUCUCACAGCCCUCGCAAGAACUCUCUCCUCGCACCACACCAGCAGCAACUGAGAGAGCAUCUGCAACCACUCUCGUACCUCCUGCCACUGCCACUGCCGCCUCCUCCUCGCCUGUUGACAUGACUGCUUCUGCUGCCACCAGUGCAGCUGCCGCCGCAGCUUCACAGUCUGACUUGUCAUGUCCUGAUACUGAGCUGUUUCCUGCCACACAUGACGUGGCAUGUGCUGUGUCUGACGUGUCUUGGUCUGACUCCCCUGUCGUGGAACGAGUAAGGGCAGUGCUAGAAGGGCAGAGUGGAAGGGCAGAGGAAGGCGGGGUGGUAUCAAUACAAGAUGCGGAGACAGCACAAGGGCAGGCGGCACCACCACAGGCGCCUCCUGACCUACAAACACGACACGGGAAUGCAGGUGCAAUGGAAGGUUUGGGUAAUGACAAGCAGGCUCAGCCUGUCGUGGGAGAAUCGAGAGGCGUGGUGUUGGAAGGGGUGGCGAGGGCAGGGGGUGAUUGCUGGGGACAGAGAGUAGAUGGACUGGUGUUGAGAUGUGUCAUGUGUGGUGGUGCUGCUGGUGCUACUGGUGCUGUGGGGCGGAAUGGUUGGUAG